UCCGUCUCUUCCUCAUUUCAACUUUCUCGAUCAAUCUUUUAACGUUCCAAUCGCGAAUCUCCGUUACUGGGUUUCGUAAAGGAACACACUUUCGUCUUCUCUGAAUCGAGAGGAGAAGAGAUGGUUGGUGGAGGAAGCAGGAGAGACGAAGGAUCGAUGCGGCCGAUUCAAAACACAAACUUGUUCGCCGCUUUGGAUACUCGGAAGAAGAAGAAGAAGUCCGAUAAGGGCAAAGGUUCCUCCGUCAUUAAGGAGCCUGAGCCACAGGUCUUCUGGGCGCCUACGCCUCUAAAGGCAAAGGCUUGGGCUGAUAUUGAUAGUGACGAUGAAGAUGAGGACUAUUUCGCCACCACUGCUCCUCCUCCUCCUCCUCAGCCCUUGUGGAGUGCUUCCGAUGCAAAAGAGGCUCACGUUGAGGAAAGUGAGAGUGAAGAAGAUGUUCUUGAUGAAGGUGAUGAUGAUGAUGAUUUGGAGGAAGAGCAUGAGACACAAGUUCAUCCAGAAGCAGAGCCUGAGGUGAAAAAGGCUCCUGAAGUUCCUGCACCACCUAAGGAGGCAGAGAGGCAGCUUUCCAAGAAAGAGAGGAAACAGAAGGAACAAGCUGAGUUUGAUGCUUUGUUGGCAGAUUUUGGAGUUGCACCCAAGGGUAGCAAUGGUCAAGAAAAGCAAGAAAAGAAAGAAGUCAAUGGAGAGGGAGAGAAGAAGGAGAACACAGCCGGAGAAUCAAAGGCCUCAAAGAAGAAGAAAAAGAAGGAUAAACAGAAGGAAGUUAAAGAAUCUCAGGAUGAAGAAAAGAGCAAUGCAGAUGCUGCUGCAGGUGAGUCCGGUGAGCAGGAGAACGAGGAGGCUUCUUCUUCCAUGGAUAUCAAAGAACGGCUGAAGAAGAUUGCAUCAGUGAAGAAGAAGAAAUCAAGCAAAGAGACGGAUGCUGCUGCAAAAGUUGCUGCACAAGAAGCAGCUGCUAGGAAGGCGAAGCUGGCUGCUGCAAAGAAAAAGAAAGAGAAGAAUCACUACAAUCAACAGCCAGUGAGGUGAUAUCAAUCGCCAAACAACCCAACCCACCCGUUUUUGAUAUAUGAACUUGUGCUUCCCUCUUUUUCUUUAUUCAUAUGAGACUGUCUUGAAAGGAAUGUGGUUGGGUCGUACUAUUAGAGAGAUAUGACUUCGAUCCUUUGCUUCUUUUAAACCAUUUAAAGAAACAUUAUGCAUCAAGCUGUGAUGUUGUUAUUGCUAAGCAAGUUACUUUUUUAUUGACCA